GACGUGGCUUUCCUUCUUUCCGUGAAACGGACGCCGUCAGCGGGACCGCCGACCGUAACACCAAAGCACUGCACUGCAGGAAGUACAAUAUAGUACAGCACAGUACAGUUACACAAAGCGGCCUGUCGCCUACCUAUGUUUACGUAAGUAGUCACACACACAGUGAUCAUUUUUCUGCGUGCUUUUUGGUUUUUUUUUCGCGUAAAAGGGAGAUUGUAUCCGAAGUGAAGAUACGCAUCGAUGGGUAUUUCAUUCCACGAUGAGUGACAUUCGAAAAAAAGCCAAUUACUUGGCAGUAUUUAAACGACGGACCAAGAACGAGGACAACAAUGAAUUAUCGAGGAGCAUCAUUAUAGGGGCGAGAAAGACGGGCCAGUUAAAUCUCUCGUCGAAGGGACUGUCCACGGUACCUGACAAAAUAUGGAAUAUAAACGAAUUAACGGAAGAGGAAUUACGUGAUUUACAUUUCGAAUUUGAUUAUGAACCUUUAGAAGAGCGAUGGUGGGAACAAGAGCCACUGAAGAUGUUAAAUAUGAGCUGCAAUAGUUUAACUGUAAUUGAUAAUAAAAUAGAACUUCUAACAGAACUGAAUACUUUAAACUUACAUAGCAAUUUGUUGGAAGAACUCCCACCUGAAAUCGGUUCUCUGCGCAAAUUAAAAGUAUUAAAUCUAUCAGACAAUAGACUAAAAAAUUUACCUCAUGAAUUUUAUAUGUUGGAGGAAUUAUGCGAGUUAUAUCUAAGAAGUAAUCAAAUAAGUAUACUCGAAGCUGAGAUUGGAGAUUUAAUCAUGUUAACUCAUAUGGAUUUAUCGUAUAAUAAUUUAAGAGAAUUACCGAUCGGAAUGGGAUAUUUGGUGCGACUAGAGACAUUGAAUUUAUGUCAGAAUAUAAUAAAAGAGUUACCACCUGAUGUAACAAGUAUGCGAUCAUUGAAAACGUUAGAUAUCAGCUUUAAUCAAUUGGAGACAGUACCACCAUUAGGUGAAUUACGGAAAGUAGAAAGAAUUAUGUUCCAGUCGAAUAAUUUGCAGGAAUUUCCAGACAUAUCAGGUUGUUCAGCUUUAACAGUAUUGCAUUUGGAUAACAAUAACAUUCCUGAAAUUGAUCCGCAACGCUUAGAGGCGAUAGGGCAUCUAAAACAGCUCACAAUGCAAAAUAAUACAAUUGAAAUAAUACCUGAAGAAAUAAUCAAAUUAAUAAAUUUGGAAGUUUUUGACUUGUCGCAUAAUAAUAUAUCUUUAAUACCUUAUUGCAUCGGCAUAUUACCUAAUUUAAAGCAAUUUGCAAUCGAGGGAAAUAAUAUAAAAAAUGUAAGAGGAGAUAUAAUACGAUGCGGUACACCUCGCAUUUUAACACACAUUCGCCAAACUAUAGAUGUUAAUACAAGUAUGAACACCAGAGAAUUACUACCUAGUGCCAGUAACAGUAUUCAUCCUGAUAAAUAUAUGAUGAAGAACACAAGGUUGUUCAGCUUAGCUGGGCAAAAUCUUUCGGAAAUAUCCGAAGAAAUCUUGAAAGAUGCAGCGGAAGCCUCUGUCACAACUAUCGACUUAAGUAGAAAUAAGCUAUCAGGAUUGCCUAAUAAAAUGUCGGCAAUCGUUACGGUGACAGAUUUAAAGUUGAUUUCAAAUCAUUUAGCAAGCUUGCCAGAAUGGAUUGGUGAAAAGUACAAGUGCUUGCAAAUUUUAGACAUAAGUAAAAAUCACUUGCAGUCUCUACCAUCAAAUAUCGGUUGCUUGAAAUACUUGCGAGAUAUUGAUAUCUCAUUCAAUAGGUUUACUGAGUUACCAGAAACUAUUUAUGAUGUUGAAGCAUUGGAAAGUUUGAUUGCCAACGACAAUCAAAUCGCGAAAAUAGAUGUACCGCUGUUAGAAAAAUUAAAAAGGCUAGCAGUUUUAAAUCUGACAAAUAACAAUAUCGCUCACGUACCUCCUGAACUUGGAAACUUGAAAAACAUAAGGAAUCUAUUGUUAUCUGGGAAUUGUUUCAAAUAUCCCAGACAAGCAAUUCUGAUGAAAGAUACAGAAGAAAUACUGAGCUAUCUACGUAAUCUAAUACCUCAAUAACGCAGAAAAAACAAAAUAGUUUAUAAAAAGUAUCCAGUCUCGAAACUGUU